AGAAGUUCGAUAUGCCUCACGUCUGGGAGGAGGAUUUCACGAGGCAGCAGUUGAGUGGGCUGAAGCUGGAGGUUUGGGUUGUAGUUUUUGUCUUUGUAAGUAGGCGCGAUGUCGAGACCUAGUACAUGGGUAGAGAGCGGUACAACAGCGUGGAAGAUAGAAGGGAAAACUGACGUGCGAGCAGGUACCAAUGGAUCUGGUGCACGCUCUGUUGUGUGUCGGAUAUUACCACGGACAACUGAAUACGACGAAGAAGGCAACAGAUAGAGCACAGCGAUUACAAAACUUGAGUGAGGACAUCGCCGACGGAAAGAAAGAGCGCGAUGACAAUGAUAGACGUGAGGCCAGCACGUCCCACUCUGUAAGAGAAGUACAAGGCUCUUCAAUCGAUGCAGCAGACAUUAGGACACAGAUCCCUCCGCACAACGACCACUCUGAGACUUUUUCAUCGGGCAAUCAGAACGCAACAUCAUCACCGCCGCCACCGACAAAGCCACACACUUACCACCCUCUCCUUUCCAAUCACCUAACACCAACAGAGCGCCUCAUCCUCCAAACGAUCUGGGAUACCAUGAUGAUUACCAUCCUAUCUCUCCACAUCUUCUCAUUCUUCAGCAACAUCGCCCCCAGCAGAGCAUUCUGCUAUACGCCCGCUGCGCUGCAAUACCCCGACUGGGCUUUCCAUGACUCUGCGUUGGACUGGAAAAAGGGCAAAGAGGCUCGACCACCGCAACUUGGCAUGAAAGAGCGGUGCGAGAGGAUAAACUGGAGCUUGCAUUCCGCCGGUGGCUUCUCGUCUGCUGGCGCUGCUGUGCUGGCGGCGUUGCACCUUGUUGCUUUGGUGUGUAGGGUAGGCGAACAUAUGAGGCUAAGACUAGAAAGAUGGAUGAUGGAUACAAAACUUCAACAGAACGCAGAAGUAGGGCGAGGACGAGGGCAGUCUGAAUCAGAUAAAUGGGGGCAGCAAACUCCACGCGACAUCGAUAUUCACGCCCGUGGUAUUCAUGACCAUAUUCCGUCGGAGUCGCACACUACUACUGACCAGCCCACUACACUCAGCGAGGAAGAACAAAACACGGGUCUCAGACAGCGAAAGAGACCCGCACUAGAAGAGAGGACGGGCGAGAAUGGACUGUCCAAGCUGGAUGCGUUGGAGCAGAGUAUGUGGAGCGCUGCGUUGCUGGAGUGCCUCCUGCCUUGAAGCCAGCGUCAAGACCAGACAAGACAAGCGAGGCAUGAAUAGAGCUGUCUGAUUUGGAGAGAAAAUGGGAAAGCCUGUUCUUGCCUUUUUGUUUGGUACACGCAAGUACGAGGCGAUUAGGAAGGAAUGACUUUGUUUUAUCAUAAUUUAUACCUCCCCAAAAGACGUACUCAAAAUACAACUGUUCUUCUAGGUCCUACGUGAUCACUAUCGC